AUGAUGAGAACGAUAGGGGGAAACGAAGAUGGAGAAAGGAAAAGAAAAGAGCGAGAUAAUGAAGAAGGACCGAAUCAACAAAAAGAACGAACCAAGAGGUCAGAUACGGUUGGACCACAAUUCCAUCAUUACACUAGGCUCAAUCAACCCCGGUCAACUAUACUGGCAGCAGUAGAGGGGUCGGGCCUUCUCCAGCUUCCGAAAAAGCCAGACCGUCCCAUGGGGAGAAAUCAAGAAGAAUACUGCAGAUACCACCGGAUUCGAGGGCACUCCACUGACCAGUGUAGGGAGUUAAAAAACCAGAUCGAAGCGCUCAUUCGGGAAGGGCACUUGCAAAGGUAUGUAAGGACUGAAGGAAGAAACGACCGAGAUUGGCAGAGAAUGGAGGAAAGACCUGAGGGUCAAGAUAGACGAAAUUUGCGACAGAAUGAAGACAGAAUUAUACCCCCCCCCAACAAUGAGCCGACACAUCAAGCCAUUCAUGUCAUCUCUGGGGGCGAGACUCUAGCUGGGGAUACUUCUUCUUCUCGAAAGGCCUACGCUCGUCAAGCCUAUCAGGUCAAUUCAGUGAUGGAGACAAGAGAAGACGAGGAGCCCAUCACAUUCACCCCUGCUGAUAGGGGAGAUAUAAUACUCCCGCAUGACGACCCAAUGGUAAUUUCCGCAAUUGUCGCCAAACACCCUGUCAGUAGAAUCUUGGUGGAUAGCGGCAGCUCUGUUAAUCUGAUCUAUUGGAAUUGUUUCGAGCAAAUGUGUAUGUCCCCUGACCGAUUGAAAAGAGUGUCAUCUCCCUUGUAUAGCUUCACUGGGGAAGCUGUCCCAGUGGCGGGAUCUGUUCAAUUGCCAGUCACGUUAGGUGUCGACCCUCAAACUGUGACCCGACAGGCAAAUUUUAUGGUGGUCAAAGCCCCUUCAGCAGCAUAUAACAUGAUUUUAGGACGACCGCUCCUCAACGAUAUGAGAGCUGUAGUGUCCUCUUGCUACCUAUUAAUGAAGUUCCCCACGCUCUCAGGAGUGGGGCAAGUUCGGGGAGAUCAAAGGAAGGCGAGGUCCUGUUAUGUGUCAUCUACAAAAGGAAAAAGGACAGAAGAAACUUUGUCUAUUGCUGAGAAAGCUAUACACAAAUCCUUGGAAGAAGAGAUUGCUCGCAAGCCCCAACCAGUGGAAGAGUUAGAAGCAGUACACUUAAGCGAUGCAGACCCCGAGAAGUUGGCGUAUGUUGGCACACAGCUUCCGAAAUCGGUAAAAGAAGAAAUCGUGGAGUGCCUAAGAAAGAACUUGGAUGUCUUUGCCUGGACACUAAAGGACAUGCCAGGGAUCAAGCCAGACGUGAUAUGUCACCAUCUGAAUGUGGACCCUCAGUUCAAGCCUAUCUGA